AUGGAAAACAAGUUGUUCCAUGCAAUAGCUUAUCCCAUAAUCUGGGUAUAUUCCACGAGAAAACUCAGUGGAAGAGAUACAUUAAAGCUAGAAGCUCAAGCAGCAACACCUGAGGUUGUGCACUCUUGUCGUGAUUGUGUUGUUCAUUUAGUUGUGAAUGAUAUCUACCAGGCUAGCACAGCAUAUUCUGUUAAUGGAUUGAGAGCAUUGAAACUUGAGGAGACACGGAUGUUGCUGACAAGUGUCGCUUAUGUCCAUUUAAAGCAUGCCGAGGUUUCUAAAUAUACACAGAAUCUCGCUCCUGCAAGCCAGACUAUCCUGCUAUCAGGGCCAACCGAGCUUUACCAACAGAUUCAAAGUAGAUAUGGCUCUCCCAACAACGGAGCUUCUUUCAAAAGAUCUACUUCAGACAGAAUUUUGGCUCGGUUUAUCUGA